AGUACCUCAGACAAGCACACAUAUCAGACAGAGCUUCAUAGUGUUGACUAGAAGCACCAGGCGGCCAUCCGCAUUUGGCAUAGAGCUCAAAACAUCAUGCGAAACUCAUGAACUCUUGAUUUUCUUUGUGAACCUUGGUGCGUGCAGGACUACGAACUCUAUUUUUGAAAAAAGACUUUUUUAUAUGGUGACAUGUUGAGUUUUAAUAUUCUCACAAUUUCCGCGCUUUUAUUAUAUGUAAGUUGUGGACUGGCUUCGAAGAAAGAGGCAAAUUGUCCCUUGGCCAGAGAAACUGCAGAGAUUGUUUCAUCAUGUCCACGAACAAACGAAGAGUGGGAAAAAGCGGCCGCAAGGAAAAAUUGCGAAAACAUCACUCACCCCUGUCCUAACUACAUUUAUCACUGUGUUAUAAAUGCCUGGAUGAAUGCAACAGUUGAAGUAUGCGCGCCAAUCAGACUUAUAGUUGGAAAUGUUUGCGCAGAAUUCAAUCUUGGAGGUGAUACAAUACAGCGGAAUUCUAAAGCUUCUUGUAAAAAAUGUCCAGCGAUGUAUUCGUCCAGUAAUGCUUUUAGAUAUCCUGAAUGUUAUGAAUACGUCAACAGAUCAAAAGAAAUAAGUCAAUCGCCAAAAACAACAGACGCACCUAUUUCAUCAUCAUCAUCAUCAUCAUCAUCAUCAUCAUCAUUAUCAUCAUCAUCAUCAUCAAACACAACGUCAAGCAGUAGGGAUGUUCAAGAGAAAAAUGGGUCUUCACAAACUGAAUCUAAGAUAAGCAUAGUGAUUGGCGUGAGUGUCCCAAUGACAAUUGUAUUUGUCCUGCUAAUCUUCCUUGUUUUUCGACGCAUUGGUCGAGGGCCAACUUCCCAUGGUCGUUCAGCACUUGAUGUAUGCACUUCAGUAACACGUAAGCUUUUAACAUACUGCAUUCCUACAGAACAGACGACGACUGAAGCUGAUUCCUUAGCCGACCAAAAUGGCAGUGUUGAUACUCAUAGAAAUACACUUACGGAGGAAACGAGAUUACAACCGCUGAUUGACCAUGCAAAUGUCUAAUGAAUUACAUUGAAAUAAUUAUUUUGCUCAAACAAAAACAUAUA